UGCUGCUCUCUCCUCUCUCCUCUGCAGAGUUGUUUUGGCUCAGGCCACUUUGGCCGAAGCUCGAGGUGACAUCGCGUGCGGAGGCGUCGUGCGGCUCGUCCAUGACGCGCGCGGCCGGAAAGCAGAACCGCGACCCGAAGGGCGCCGGAGCCAGGAGAGCCAUCGCGUCACCGCCGGCCAGCUCGAAGCAGGCGCCGAAGAGCGGGCAGAAGCGCCUGCGCGAGGCUCGCAGGAGCGCCGCGGCCGCGGCGUCGGCGCGGCCCCUCGCCAAGACCUCGCGAGUCUCGCAGGCGGCGGGGGCGGCAGAGGCGCAGCUCGCCCUCAGAGACCUCCAGACCAUCGUCAUCAGCCUCGACCGCCGACCGGAUCGGAUGGACGGCUGCGCGAGGAGGCUGGACGCGUCGUGCCCGCACCUGCCGCGGACCCGGUUCUCCGCGACGGACGGCAAGCAGGCCGCCAUCGGCACGGACGAGGUGGCGGAGUCCUGGAACACGGCCCGCAACGUGGAGUACCAGAAGAUGCGCGCCGUGAGGAAGGGGUGGGACGACCUCGACACGUACCAGGUCCGGACGCUGGCGCUGAGCCCCGGCGAGAGGGGCUGCGCCAUGUCGCACAUCCGGGCCUGGAGGCGCUGCCUGGAGCUCGCCGGCUGCGGCGACAGGCCCCUGCUCGUGCUGGAAGACGACGCGGCCCCGACGGUCGACUUCAGCGCCACGCUGUCGCGUGCGCUGCGGGCGCUGCCCGGGGACGCGCACCUGCUCUACCUGGGGUACUCCCAGGCCGCGGACUGGCGGCGGGAGGUCUCUCCCGACCUGGUGGAGGCGGAGUAUGUCUGGACGACGGUGGCGUACAUCAUCUGGCCGGCGGGGGCACGCAUCCUCCUGGGCCAGCUGCCCGUUAACGAGCCAGUGGACAACUGGAUGGCCGCCGCGUGCGCCGCCGGCAGCGUGAAGGCGUACUGCGUCCGCCCGAAGAUUGUCCACCAGGCGGACGCCUGGAAUGUCAACUCGGACGUGGCGCACUCCGACGAGCACUACUGGGGCCCUUGCUCCGACAUUCUGCACUCGGACGCGUUCUACUGGGGGCCCGACGACCCCAAGGGAGAGAUCGAUCGCGGGCUCACGCACCGCACCAGCUUCUGGGACGCCGGCACCGACGACUCGGACGAGUCCGCAGAGGGGUCGUGAGAAGCUGGGCCGUCCCCGUCCCCGCCCAGGGCUGUCGGGGCCCAGGCGCGCUCGGGGUUUGCGGCCAGAGGGGGGUCACUCAGAGCGGAGCGGAGGACGGGGAGGACCUGGCAUUGGGCGUCGGCGGAAAUUUGAACCAAGCCGACCAUCGCCGUGAGCCAUGCAGGAUCACGGCACCGAUGCCUUUGAACUGGUCUGCGCACUGUGACACCUGUGGGACUUCACAGGCACGCCUGGUGGCAACUGCGCAGAACUGCAUGCAUUCACUGCACGAGGGGCGCCACAGGCAAGCCCUCUGGCCUGUGCGCGGAAUUAUAUAUAUUUCUCUCUCUCUCUCUCUCUUUCUCUCGCAUUGCUUGCACCUGCACGGUGGCGCUGCGGCGGCGCUCAGUCGGAGGUCCGCCGCGCGCAGAGUGGUGCCAGAGGCGGCCUUCGGCACCGACAAAUUAACUUGCCGCCAGCCCCCCGGCGAUGCCACGGAGGGAUCUGGACAGGGGGGGGGUGAUCAGCCAGGGAGGCUGGUAUGCCAGGGCUUGCCUCUCGCGAUUCGCCGGGUGCGCCCCUGCUGGCGCGCCAGGGGGCCUCUUUCUCGCACCCGUCUUUCUGAUGGUUCUCCAGAAAGGAAUCUGGUCCUGGAGGAAGUAUUUCGCCUUCGCCAUAUAUCCUCCUCGAUCCUCCUCGAUACUCGAUCCUCCUCCUCUUUCGGACUCCUCCUCGAUCCUCCUCCUUGUCCUCCGCCCCCUGUCGCGCAGGGCGGGGCGCGGGCGUGGUGCGAGGAGAGCUCACGCCCUGGCAUUUCUGCACUGACUGCGAGCUGCCGCAGUCUGCGCACUUGGUCCGCAGGAGAGCACCUGCCCAGGCCUCCGCGGGGAUUUUGGCAUCAGGGGGCCGUUUCCAGCCCCCACAGCCAUAUAACGGGGGUCUGGUGGGAUGGAAAUGUCCCCCAGGGGCAGGGUCACCGAUUUCCCAUGGGGAAGGGGUAGGGAAUCCUGUGGCCGCGGAUGGGGGAAAAUUGCAUUGCCGGAUGUCUGGGUAUUGGCCACCACCAUGCCUGACCAGGGCCAUUCUGGGCCAGAGGGUGGUGCAUAGACCCUCCUGGCCUCGGCCAUGAUGGCGUGUACAGGACGGCCUUUGCCAUGCAUGGUGGUUGUGAUAUGGCUGCCUCCUGUGCGUUUGGAGCUCGGCGAGGAAGUAGGCUCGGGCCGCGCUGCUCGAGAGCUUCUCCCGCGGCAUGAGGGGCAGCCGCGGUGCGCUCCAUGGCACCAGUUAGUUGUAGGGCGGGCUCACUACGCUGGCGUGCAAGACGCCGACCAUCCGCAGGGAGUCCCAUCAAAAUGUGUAGCCG